GAAUUGUACUUUUCGAUAUUUGGGAGAUUAAACUGUGUGCAUAACGCUUUGUACAUAAUAAUAUACUCGUAUACGCCUAUAGCCGAAAAUUUGAAUCCGUUAUUCAAGAGCACGGAACUUUGUGAAACUUGUAGCGUGAUCUUGAAACAGUUAAACUGUUAGCUUACGUCUUCAGCAUAUUUUGUGAGCCGCUAUUUCUGUUCAUUUCCCACGUAACGGUUUCCAGUUACGAUUUUUCCCGAGUGUAGUACACAUCACGCGCUGCCGAUAUAAAUUCGACUUGAAUCCAUCAUGACACUUAACCCAGCUAAUGGUACUCCAGGUAGCGAAAAUGCUGCUCAAUCAAAUGAACAGGUGGCCACAGAUCGAGUUAGCUUUUUUAAGUUAAAAACAAAAGCAAUAUUCAACCGGCUUGAGCGAAUAGCUGCCGAGAUGGACAGUGAUAAGCUGCACGGGAUGGACGAAUACGCUCUGACGGCACUACUGGACUCAUUGGGGGAACUGAAGUCAAGUUUCAACGGUGCGCACACAAGCUUGGAGGAAUUGGAUUUUGAUUCAAUUUGCAGCGAUCUACCUGGUAAAUUCGACUCCACUUUAGUUAACCUCAGAUCCACUCUGCAGCGUGAAAUUGGAAAGCGUAGUGCACCUCAGCUAUGCUCCACAUUCAGGGUUAACGCCAAUGAGUCGCAAUCAAUUAUAGUGAACACCAACCGAUCACGCUUGCCGUUACUUACACUGCCAAAGUUCACUGGUGCCUAUACUGAGUGGACAAACUUCUUCUCCAUGUUCGUAUCUGUCAUCGACAAGGAUAGCGACCUUACGCCGGUCGACAAGCUUCAACAUCUACGUUCCUGCCUGAGUGGUGCAGCGCUGGAUACCAUACGUUCUCUAGAAAUAAAUGAGGCUAAUUAUAAAAAUGCAUUAGAUCUUUUGCAUAAGCGUUUUGAUAACAAGCGUCUUAUAUUUCAGGCACACAUCAGGGAGAUCUUCGGGCUGGGCAAAGCAGAUGGGUCAGUAGGCAGGCUACGAGAACUAACUGACAAAGUCACCGCUCACAUACGUGCACUGCAAUCGCUUGGGUCCAAGGAGCAAAUAUCCGACUGUAUCAUUGUACAACUGCUAAUACAGAAGUUAGACAAAGCGACUCAAUCCAAAUGGGAGGAGAAUUCGCCGACAAACGAACUACCUUCGUGGGACCAGUUAUCUACCUUUCUGGAGAAGCGCUGUAGAACGCUCGAAAACGUCGAACACGUUAUGCAAACACCAGUUGGUCAAGCUGGUAAAUCUGGUAAAAACAAAAUCCAGAGGAUUUAGACGUCUUGACGCCAGGGCAUUUCCUGAUUGGUGGUCCCCUAAUAGCUCUACCUGAACCUGACCUGAGACAUUUAAAUUGUAAUCGUCUUGACCGAUGG